AUGGCAAAGUAUGAAGUUUUAAUUUUGGGUCUUGAAAUAUUGAUCGGAAAGGGGGCUUUGGAAGUCCAAAUACUAGGGGACUCUCAGUUAAUCCUAAAACAGUUAUCGAAGGAGUUCAAAUGUAAUAAUGAGAAGUUUCAAAAAUAUUUGGCAACGGCUUGGGAAUUGUUAACCUCUUUUCGAAAAGUUUUUUUGGUUCAUAUACCAAGGAUUCAUAAUGAGAUUGCUAAUGAGUUAGCCCAAAUUGUUUCGAGAUAUAGAAUCGGCCUGGAAACUUUAAGAAAAUUGGCCAGUAUCCAUCAAAUUUUGGUGCCUGCGGAUGAGAGGGAAGCUUUGUGUGUAGGCAAAUGGGAAGAUAAUGAUUGGAGAAAGCCUAUUGCUGAAUAUUUAAAGAAUCCCAGCACCCCAGUCGAUAAAAAUGUAAAAUUGCAAGCAAUAAAUUUUAUUUUUAUGGCUGAUGAGUUGUAUAAGAAGGGAAUCGAUGGGAGUUUAUCGAGAUGUCUAAGUCAAGAUGAUAAAGAGAUUGCUUUGGGUGAAGUCCAUAAAGGGAUAUGUGGUGCUCAUCAGGCUGGGAAGAAGAUGAAAUGGGUGCUAUAUCGCAAUCAUGUAUAUUGGCCAUCCAUGAUCAGAGAUUGUAUCGAAUAUGCAAAGGCAUUCCAGGAAUGUCAAAAGCAUGGUUCGAUACAACAGAUCCCAGUAUCUAAGUUGCAUUCGAUUAUAAAGCCAUGGCCGUUUAGAGGUUGGGCUUUGGAUUUAAUUGGAUUGAUUCACCCUCCUUCAUCGAAACAUCAUAAAUUUAUUUUGGUAGCAAUUGAUUAUUUUACAAAGUGGGUCGAAGCAGUUCCUUUAAUAGAAGUUGGGCAAAAUGAAAUAAUUGAUUUUAUUGUGGAACAUAUAAUCCAUCGAUUUGGAAUUUCUCAAACAUUGAGCACUGAUCAAGGGACUAUGUUUACUGGUCAGCGAAUUAAGAAUUUUGCAACUUCAAGGAAUAUUAGUAUGAUUACUUCAACCCCUUAUUAUGCACAGGCUAAUGGGCAAGUCGAGUGGAAAAGAGAUCGAGAGUUCUUGGUAAAUGGUCCCACACUUGGGAAGGCCCUUUCCAAGUGA